CGUCGCUGCUGUUGCCGUAAUGAGCACGAAGACACCGCUGCUGGUUGCCGUGUUACUCCUUUCACCGCCGGUCUGUUGGGAUUAUUCCCUGACAGCGGCAAGUUCAGCGGUUGAAGAAACGGACCUGCAAGUGUUCGGGGAGCCUGAGCCGGGUCUCGAGUACGAGUUCGGAAAUGCUUUGUUCGACUUCGAUGUACUCGUGACAGGAUACGAGCCUUUUCUAGACCACUUGAUCAACCCUGCGCAGAGCGUCGCCGGCUCUUUGAACGGAACAUGCGACACCGUCUACCUCACGCAUCCCCGGACAAUGCGGCUUUGCUACGAGGGAGUUUCGGUUCCGGUGACUGCGGAGGGGAGCGGUUGGGCGGCCCGGCAGCUGGAGGAGACGCCCACGAGAUGGGACGGCAUCAUCCACCUGGGUUUCGAGUCGUCGGCGAAAAGCCUCCGACUGGAAACGAUAGCGGCCAACGUCAAGACUUCGGACGACUACCACUACCUGUGGAACUCGGACAUCCCGUGCCAGAAGGAAGGCACCCCUUUCGA